AUGGUGGAGUAUCUACUGAAGCGUAAUUGUGAUGUGAAUCUGAAGAGCAACCCACAAUGGACAGCCUUGAUGUUUGCAGCACAUUCUGGGAGUGAUGAAAUUGCGAAACUGCUUUUGGAGAAUGGGGCGGAAAUUAAUGAAGUCAACAGUCUUGGAUCAACAGCUCUUAUCCUUGCCACAUCAAAAGGUCACAAAAAAGUCGUAGAGCUUCUUCUAAAAGAAGGUGCUGAUACAGAGAUCGUUAACAAUGCUGAGUGGACCGCUCAAGAAAUAGCGGAGGAGAAAGGCUUCCGCGAUAUUGUUUCACUUUUUAAACAAUAUAAAAAUGACGUAUUAACCAGAUCUGUUGAUAUUGCCGGCUCCAAAUUAAAAAUCUUUUAA